UAAUUCUGACUGGUUUGUGGGGACCAAACAUAAUAUAAAUUAGAUUCCUGGGGAGCCGUUGGAUGUCAAUAGAUCUAAGGGUGAUGAGCUUUUGUGUGUAAAAUAAGUAGAUUUUAAUAAUAAAUUCAUGGUUUCGCUGCUUUUUUAAACUGGAACGAGCUACAGCUAGGAGGAGAAAGGUAAAAUUUUGUGGACGGGUUUUUGAAAGAACAUACUCAUUUUCAUCUAAAAUUUGAAAAUAAUGUAUCAUAUUUUUUUUUUGUGGACGAGUUCAUAUCAAACAUUUAAAGAGUUUUAUUAAUCCAUAUAUUUUUUAGCUUUUUCUAAACCUACAAUUUAUAUGUAUGAAGUUUUUUUUGUGUACAAGGAGUUCGAUCCAAAAAAAAGUAUUGUGGACAAGGUUCCAUGGACAAGUACAUUUACUCGUGGACGGAAAAAUACAUGUUUGAUUUGUGGAUACAAUAGAAAAUACAACUACAAACACAGUGGAGUCGCUAGAACUUGAAGAUUAUCCAAAAAUUGUACCUUUCGAAGCAUUUAAAUGGUUUUGGGGAGUUCACUUUUCAAUAUCCUUAUUCCUAGAGAGUGCUUUCAAAGCAUUUGAAGAUAAAGAGCAGAGGGAGUUCACGUCUUCGUGUUCGAAAGAGCAGAGCCUUCUAAGUUCACUCGGGUUUGGAUGAAAGGAGCCAUGUCCGUCUAGACACCAAGACAACUCCAGCCACCAGUAACCACCGCCCAUGUUCUCUUCAGAACAGAAAAAGUCGUUCCACCGCUCUAACCUCCAAACAAAAACCCAGAAAAGAUGAAAAAAUGUUCAGACCAAAAUUUUAAUCUUUUAGUUCUAAACCUAAAAUUCUCCGACGAGGACUCAAACUUUGACCCUUUAAACAGCAAGCGUACUUUGCAUCUGAACAACCUUUAUCUACCUAGGUUGUUGAAUUUUAGAAUGACCCAGAAAAAAAAACAAAUUAAUCGAUUAAGUGUUUAUUGACAGAGUAAAAAUGUGGACAUGGAUGUAUAUAAAACGUGGACAUGGACACAAUUGAUCAAACCAAAAUGUGGACAUGUAUAUAAAACGUGGACAUGGACAAAACCUCCUGCUGCGAUUUGCGAGGGGUUGGUUCCUCAGAAGUCUUGGAUUUAUUCUCUUUCUUAUUUGGCUUCAAUUUCGUCAUGGUUUGUUUGAAGAUAUUAAAAGGGUUUUCUGAGAAUUAUCGGGAAGCGGAGGAAGAUGGGUAGAAAGUUGGAGAGAGAAUCAUGGAAACAAAACAAGCAUAAAAAAAUAUGGGUUCAUGGUGUGAUUCAACGAACGAUGAAGGAUGAAUGGAAGAGAUUCGAAAUUAGGGUUGGGAAUUUGGGAAAGGGAAAGUAGAUCUGAGUUUUGAAAUCGGGAAUGGAGAGAGAAUAUGUGACUCGUGACUUUUCAAUAAUAAGAAAUAGUCUUUUCUCUUUAAUUAAUUAGAUGAGAUAGUUGGUCUAGUUUGAGGGCAUGAAGGACAAUACACAUCCAUAAAGUGUCUGACCAGCAGAAUGUGUCUAUAUGUGUAAUUCAUAAGUCAUAAUGUGUCUUAGAAUGUAAAAAUUUCCGAUCCCUACGCAGUUUUCGAGCGAUAUCAGUAUGGAUUUUGUUAGUCUACCGCGAGCCCAACGUGGUAACCAUUCCAUAUUUGCGUUGAUCGUUUUUUUUUCAAAAUGACUCGCUUUAUUUUUUGCAAAAAGACAAUAUAUGCUGUUUAAGUUUCACAACUUUUCUUUCGCGAAGUUUAUAGGUUACACCGUAUUCCCAUAUCGAUUGUAUCCAACAGGGACUCUCGCUUCAUAAGCCACUUUUGAAAAUCUUUGUGGAAGCUUUUGAAGAUCAGUCUGAACAUGAGUUCCACAAUGUUUGGUUGGCAAUAACCUCAGGUCGUGGGAUUCUAUCUUGUGUCAAGCAGAGUUUGCUUAUAAUCACACUCAUAAUUGGAGUCUAGGCUUCAGUCCUUUCAAGGUCGUGUAUGGGUUUGUUCCUCAUAGACCUCAGUCGGGUGAGUUUCAUGGGCGAGCAGUAGACCUCGUUACUGAGCUCGAGCACAUCCAUGCUUUGGCUCGUGGUAAUCUAGAGGCUUCUUCGUUUAAGUACAAAGAGUAAGCAGAUAAACUUCGGCCCGAAAUACAUUUUCAGGUGGGAGAUUACCUUUGGGCCAUGCAUAGUAAGGAGAGGUUUCAAACAGAACAGUACAAUAAGUUAAAGCUGCGUAAGAUUGGACCCGUCGAAGUACUCGAGAAGAUCAAUCCAAAUGCGUACAGAUUACCGUUGCCAUCACACAUACACACCACAGACUCUUCAACGUCAAGCAUCUCUUCAAGCAUGAACCGAAUCGAUGACUUACUUUCAGGAUUCGUGGAUGCUUUUUCGUAGGGGAGGGAUCCUGACGUAGCAUACAUCAUUAUCUCAUUAAGCUUUGGCUUUCUAUUUUCCUUUAUUGUUUUAAAUAAACAUUAAUAUGUUUUUUUUAGGAUUAAUUAGGAGUAAGACUUCAAGAUAAAAGAUUAGCUUAUAAUCCCUAGCGACUUAGGGCUUUUCAUUGUGUUAUAUAUAGUGAAAUUCUUGACUUGUCAAAGACACUUUUGAUUUGAUAUUUAUAAAAUUUAGAGCAUUCUAUAAGAAUUUAACAGAUCAAAAAAGACUUAGAUAACAGGUAUUCUGAAAAUUUAAAGUUACCUCUGUUUUAUUUCCGCUCUGUUAGGGUGUGAGUUGACACAGGUGAAACGAUAAAAAUAUUUUUUUAAUUGUAAGUUCUAUAGAAUCAUCAGUCCACAUGGUAUUUUUAAAGGUUUGACACCCUUAUACUCAAGUUCGGUGCUCCAUAUACGCUUAUGUUUUUCAAUUUUACAAAAAAAAAUUUUUGACACAGAUAAAUAUGAUUGAUGGGUCAACUGGAUGUAUGAUCGACGUUCAUUAAUCACGAGCCAUGGGAGACGAACUUGCAACACGUUCAAAGGAGUUCUCACCACCGAUGAUCCAAUGCAGCACGAAAAACUACAUGGUGUGGUCUAUGAGGAUGAAGAUCUUGCUGAAGAUAUACAAGGUGUUGGAUAUGAUUGAGCCAGGUACGGAUGAUUUCGAUAUAAACAAUAUUGCAAUAUGAUUAUUGUUUCAAGCCAUUCCAGAGGGUCUUAUUAUGCAAGUUGUUGAACAAGACAGACCUAAGGGGAUAUGGUACGAAAUUAAAUCAAGAAACCUAUCAGCUGAUCGUGUCAAGGAAGCAAGAUUACAAACCCUAAUGUCUAAAUUCAAAAUAAUUAAGAUAAAGGAUUCAUAAACAAUAUAGCUUUGCGGGAAAGUUAUCAGAGCUAGUCUCAAAAUCGGCUUUGCUUGGACAUGAGAUAUAUCCAAGCUUGUUCGAAAGUUUCUCAAUAGUGUUCCUAGAAACAAAUUCAUUCACAUAAUACCUUCACUUGAACAAGUCCUAAGACAACAGGUUUUGAAGAUAUUAUUGGAAGGCUGAAGGCAUACGAUGAGAGAAUCAAGAAUGAAGAUAUCAAUGCAGAAACACAAGGGGAACUUCUAUACGCAAACACUCACCAGCAAUGUUUCACUACAUCACAAGGCAAAAAGGACAUGGCAGAAGUGGACGUGGAUAUAGAGGUCAAGCUUGAAGCUUAAGAGGAUGAAUGUUGUUGGAUAAGCUUGCAAGCUUAAAAAUAUUGGUUCCAUCGUUGAAGAUAUAUAUAUAUAUAUAUAUACCAAUUAGCAGAGGAAAAACUGCUGCAGAUCUGUGUUCUUCUAAGCUUAACGAAAUUCACAAAUCCUAAACCCUUGAUUCUAUUCACACUCAGUCACUCACCCUUUUGAAGCAGCUGCGAUGAUAUUCAAUCAAAGUUAAACCGAAACCAUACCGGAAUUCAGAUUUCCGGUCUAACCAAAUUGAAUAUUUAAUCCCAAAAAACUGAAACCGAAAUUAAACCCGAAAUUUUACCGAACACCUCUUUAAGAGACUGAGUUUCUUCUUCUCCGUUAAACCUUUUGAGGGUUUUGGUGAUUUUGGGAUAAGGAGCAACUUUGGUGCCAUGUCCGUCUUGCCUAUACUCGAACGAAGAGUGGUAAAGCUGAACAAGCUUACGUCUUUAUUACCCAAACCAAUAGAAGCUCUUCCACGGGUUGAUCACCUUUGUGCUCACUUAAAAGUCUGUGCCAAAUCAAGUUAUCUGAGGACUGGUGAAUCGAUUCACGCUCAUUUGAUCAUAAGGAACCAAUCAUCUCGAGCUGAGCACGCAUGGCAAAUCACAUCUCUGAUCAAUCUCUACAUGAAAUGCGGGAAAACAGUUCGUGCACACAAGCUGUUCGAUUCAAUGCCUGAGAGAAGUGUGGUUUCUUGGUGUUCGUUGAUGAAAGGUUAUCAAGAUUCUGGGUUUGAUUUCGAAGUUUUGAAGCUUUUCAAAAGUAUGAUUUUUUCUGGCGAAUCGCAGCCUAAUGAGUUUGUAGCCACCAUAGUUUUUAAAUCUUGUUCGAACUCUGGGAGAAUCGAAGAAGGUAAGCAGUGUCAUGGAUGUUUUCUUAAACAUGGUUUGAUGUCACAUGAGUAUGUACGGAACACGCUUCUCUACAUGUACGCGUCAUGUUCUGGAACGAGAGAGGCUAUCAAGAUUUUGGAUGAUCUUCCGUGUUGUGAUCUUCUUGCUUUUAACUCGGCUCUUAGUGGGUAUUUGGAGCAUGGUGCUUUAGAAGAAGGGCUUGAUGUUUUGAGAAGGAUGGCUGAGGAAGAUUUGGUGUGGGACGACUUCACGUGCAUGUCUUCUUUAAAGCUUUGCUCCAGUCUCAGAGAUUUGGAGUUGGCUCGGCAGGUUCAUAGCCGAAUGGUAAGGCUUGGUUUCGACUGUCAUGAUGAUGUUAGUGGUGCACUCAUUAACAUGUAUGGUAAAUGUGGUAACCCUUUAUAUGCUCAGAGAGUUUACAAUGGUACGAAAACUCUAAACAUCGUCUUGAACACAUCGAUCAUGGAUGCUUACUUCCAGAACAAGUCUUAUGAGGAGGCUCUGAAUCUGUUUGCAAAGAUGGAAACCAAAGAGGUUCCACCUAACGAGUUCACCUUUGCUGUUUUGUUAAACUCGACCGCUGAGCUCUCUCUUCUAAGACAAGGAGAUCUUCUACACGGUCUUGUCGUGAAAUCUGGUUUUAGGAACCAUGUAAUGGUUGGCAAUGCGUUAGUUAACAUGUACGCCAAAAGCGGCAGCAUCGAGGAUGCGUGGAAAGCGUUCUCAGGCAUGGCUUUUAGAGACAUAGUUACUUGGAACACAAUGAUAUGUGGCUUCUCACAUCAUGGACUGGGGAUGGAAGCGCUUGAAGCCUUUGAGGAAAUGAUGUCUGCGGGAGAGUUCCCUAACCGCAUAACUUUCAUCGGCGUGUUGCAAGCUUGUAGCCAUAUGGGUUUCGUGGAGCAAGGUCAUUACUACUUUAACCAUUUGAUGAAGCAGUUUGGUGUUGAGCCUGAUCUACAGCAUUAUACAUGCGUUGUUGGACUCUUGAGCAAGGCUGGCUUGUUCGAAGACGCUGAGUAUUUCAUGAGAACAGCUCCUAUAGGAUGGGAUGUUGUUGCAUGGAGAGCGUUGCUAAAUGCUUGCUACGUUCGCAGGAACUACAGUUUAGGAAAGAAGGUGGCGGAAUACGCCAUUGAGAUGCAUCCGAACGAUUCAGGGAUCUAUAUAUUGUUGUCCAAUAUCCAUGCCAAGUCCAAGGAAUGGGACGGUGUGGCUAGAGUGCGUUCUUUGAUGAAGGAGAGGCGUGUUAAGAAGGAGCCUGGAGUAAGCUGGAUAGGUAUACGAAACAAAACCCAUGUGUUUCUUUCAGAGGAUAAUCAACACGCCGAGAUUGUGCUGAUUUACGAAAAGGUGAAGGAAGUUUUGGCAAAGAUCAGGCCGUUAGGGUAUGCGCCUGAUAUUGCUGGAGCUUACCAUGAUGUAGACGAAGAGCAGAGAGAGAACAACCUCUCUUAUCAUAGCGAGAAGCUAGCUGUGGCUUACGGUCUGAUGAAAACGCCUGACAAGUCACCGUUGUACGUGACUAAAAACGUGAGGAUAUGUGAUGAUUGUCACUCUGCAAUCAAGCUUAUCUCAAGGCUCUCUGACCGGUUAAUAGUUGUCAGGGAUUCCAACCGGUUCCAUCAUUUUCAAGACGGUCACUGUUCUUGUUGUGAUUACUGGUGAUGAUUUAAACCGAUCAUUUGCCGCCUCACAAGCUUUGAUCAUCGUAAGCAUUUUCUUAAUGUUCUCUAGUUAUCAUUUUUAGGUGUAAAUAGUGUCUCACAGUUUACACUAUUGGAAGCUUUUGGUUUUAAUUGUAUCUAGGUAUGUGAGAAUUAUUCAUCAUCUCACUGGUUUUUCGCUCUAUAGGAGCUUUUGAUAUUAAAGUUAUAAUAAUAUUUUACAAAAA